AUGAACCCAGUGACCAAAGCAUUGAGGAAGUUCUGUGUGAAGCUCCAGAAUGUUUUAAAGGAUUUUUGGCCUGACCCACAAAGAGACACUUUGGGGACAGAGGAAGGGAACACAGUGAACACCAAAGAUGACCUGCCCUGGCAGAUGAGGAUGAAGUUUAACAACCAGCUGAAUACAGUGGAUCUGUACACCCUCAACAACACACACACAAACAUCCCCAAGAUCAGGGAGGGACGACAGGCAGCACAGUUCUGGGCAGCAUAUGUACCAUGUGAGACUCAGUACAAAGAUGCCGCCAGACAAAUUCUUCAGCAGAUUGACGUCAUCCACAGAAUGUGUAUGAAAUACCCAGAAGCCUUCAUGUUUGCUACCAGCAGCAAAGAUAUCAUGGAUGCCUUUAGUCAGAACAGGACGGCCAGACAGAUCGGGGUGGAAGGAGGACACUCUUUGGACAGCAGCCUGGGCACCCUGCGCACCAAGUACCACUCGGGGGUCCGCUACCUCACCCUUACCCACAGCUGCAACACACCAUGGGCAGAUAAUUGGCUAGUGGAUUCGGGAGCCAAGUCAUCGCAGCACAAUGGACUUUCUGAGUUUGGAAAGCAACUGAUAUUUGAGAUGAACCGCAUUGGGAUGUGGAUUGACUUGGCCCACGUGUCAGAGAAAGUGAUGAACCAGGUUCUAGACCUGUCCAAAGCGCCAGUCAUCUUCAGCCACUCCUCUGCCUACGCUGUGUGCCCACACAAGAGGAACGUGCCUGACGACGUCCCGAGGAAGGUGGUGAGUGAAAGGGGAGAGGGGGUCUCGGAGUUUCUGGAGGAUGUGUCUAAGGACCCUGCUCUGGUGGCAGAGCUGCUGAGUGUGUUCAGAGAGGUGGAGCAUGUAGAGGCAGCCAGAUGA